UUGUGAGUAACAACUGUAGUGAUAGAUAAACAGAGAAAAGGAGAGGAGAAAGAGAUGGGGAGAGAUCAGGCAGCUGCAGCGGUGAUGCCUGAGAAGCUGAAACUGUUCAUGGGAGUGUUGGCCCUGCAGUUCCUGCUUGCAGGGUUCCACAUUGUCACCAGGGCUGCACUCAACAUGGGCAUCAGCAAGAUUGUGUUCAUCGUGUAUAGGAACAUCAUCUCCCUCGCCUUGCUCACCCCGUUCGCCUACUUCCUUGAGAAGAAAGACAGGCCACCACUCACCUUCUCUUUACUGGUGGAAUUUUUCCUCCAGUUCCUGGCCAUUGCAGCCUUCACCGAGGAAGACCUGAGCAGCUGGAAGGUGCGCUCCGGAGGGGAGCUGUUCACGAUCCUAUACGCAGGCCUAGUGGCAUCUGGCGUUGCCUUUGCUCUGCAGAUAUGGUGCAUCGACAGGGGAGGUCCGCUGUUCACUGCCGUCUUCCAGCCGGUGCAGACCGUCGCCGUCGCCGUCAUGGCUGCCAUCAUUCUGGGAGACCAGCUAUACACAGGAGGGAUCAUUGGAGCCGUGCUAAUUGUCAUCGGCCUGUACUUCGUGCUGUGGGGCAAAAGCGCGGAGAGGAAGGCCAGGAACCAAGACCUGCCACAGGGAGGAGGAGACGUAACGAGGCAUCUGCUUGGGGGAGAUGCGUCGGCAAAAGAUGAAGAAGCACCCACAGACCUGGCCUGAUUAUCACUCGACGACGUGUACCGUAAUCAUGUUGGAUUUGGAAAUGUUUGAGUUGUGCUUUUAACUGUUCCAGUCAGGCAACCAAGAACAAGUGUGGGUUGCCGGUGUGGAACAGUAGUCAUAUGCUGCUGUUGGUCCGUGUUAUUUCCUGUGCAAGUAUAGGUCACGAGCUGUA